UUCAGAGUGGCCGGGCUGAGCGCGGAGCGCGGACCUUGCGCGCGCCGAGUGCCUAUUGGCUGAGCGUCCGGACUGGGCGAAGCCACGCCCCUUGGCGGGUUCCCCGGGGCGGCGGGCUGGAGACUGCGCGGGAGUGUCUCCGCAGGGCGCGUUCACAUCCUCCUCCUACCGGCCUGGAUAGUAUGCAGCAUUACCUCACCUCACUGAAAAAGGAAUCUCCUUCGAAUCUUCCCCAUCCCAUUAAUUCAUUUAACAAGCUAGGAGAGAUCUCAAAGUAUUUAGCUGAAGAUGACCUUGACUUUGAACUCCUGAACCUCCUGGCUCCACCUCCUAAACACCAGGAUUACAGGUGCAAACAUGGGAUUACUUUGUGGAAGCAAUGGUCACGUCUUGGAAAGAUUGCUUUCUUCGGAGAACAGGCCGUAGGAGAAAUUGUGAAUGUCAUCAUGAAGAAGCUACGAGCAUCUGUCAGGAGCCACAGAAAGCAACCAGCCAACCCCAAGAAAAGGGGAAAAUGUGCCCUUAGCAGCAGCCAGGCCAAGCCUUCUGCCCCUGAUGGCCAGGCCAAGCAGAAGGAUGAGGAGUUCCUGCAGACCUCUGUCUGCCCGUACCAUCUGUUCAGAGACAUAACCGAUGUCACGACGUUCCGAAGGAACUUGCUCAGCUGGUAUGACCAAGAGAAGCGGGACCUGCCUUGGAGAAGAUGGGUAGAGGAGGAAGCCAACUUGGACAGGCGGGCCUAUGCUGUAUGGGUGUCAGAGGUUAUGCUGCAGCAGACCCAGGUUGCCACGGUGAUCGACUAUUAUACACGAUGGAUGCAGAAGUGGCCAACGCUUCAGAACCUGGCCAGUGCUUCCCUGGAGGAGGUGAACCAGCUCUGGUCUGGCCUGGGCUACUAUUCUCGAGGCCGUCGGCUGCAGGAGGGAGCUAGGAAGGUGGUAGAGGAGCUAGGCGGUCAUGUGCCACGGACAGCAGAGACCUUGCAGCAGCUCCUGCCUGGUGUGGGGCGCUACACAGCUGGAGCCAUUGCUUCUAUUGCCUUUGGCCAGGUAACUGGUGUGGUGGACGGGAAUGUCUUACGGGUGCUGUGCCGAGUCCGCGCCGUUAGUGCUGAUCCCAGCAGCUCCGUUGUCUCUGGUCAUCUCUGGAGCCUAGCCCAUCAGCUGGUGGAUCCAGCCCGGCCUGGGGACUUCAAUCAAGCAGCCAUGGAGCUGGGGGCCACAGUGUGUACCCCGCAGCAUCCUCUCUGCAGCCAGUGCCCUGUGCAGAGCCUAUGCCACGCGUACCAGAGGGUGGAGCGGGAAAAGCUCUCUGCCUUGCCAGGCAGUCCUGACGUAGAGGAGUGUGCUCUCAAGACUAGCCCGUGCCAGCUUUGCCUGCCUCCCACAAAACCCUGGGACCCCUCUCUGGGAGUGGCCAACUUUCCUCGCAAGGCCAGCCGCAGGCCUCCCAGGGAGGAGCACUCUGCCACGUGUGUUGUGGAGCAGCCCAGGACCAACGGGAGUCCCCUCAUUCUGCUGGUGCAAAGGCCUCACUCAGGUCUGCUGGCUGGACUCUGGGAGUUUCCAUCUGUCACCCUGGAGCCGUCAGACCAGCAUCAACACAAAGCCCUUCUGCGGGAACUGCAGAGCUGGUCCGGACCUCUCCCCACCACUCGUCCCCAGCACCUGGGAGAGGUGAUCCACGUCUUCUCUCACAUCAAACUGACAUACCAAGUAUAUAGUCUGUCCCUAGAAGGACAGACCCCAGCGACCCCUGCACCUCCUGGUGCUCGAUGGUUGACUUGGGAGGAAUUCCACAAUGCAGCUGUCUCCACUGCCAUGAAAAAGGUAUUCCGCAUGUAUGAAGACCAUCGGCGAGGCACCUGCAAGGGUUCUAAAAGGUCCCGCGUGUCUACUCCAUCAAGCCGGAAAAAACCCAGCCAGGGGCAGCAAAUCCUGGAUAGUUUCUUUCAGCCUCAUAUUCCCACAGACACACCCAACAGUACAGCCCAGUGAUACCUCUGGGAGGCCCACCCCAAAUCCAGCCUAAUAAAAUGCUUAUUUCUGUAGUC